AUGGUGUUUCCGUAAUAAUGUGUGGAUUGAAGGGCAUCCACGUAUAACGAUAAUAGCCACUCUCAUUAUUAAACCCUUGAUCCCAAUUUUGCUCCGGUGAAAUUUUCUCUCUCUUGCCUGAAGUCUUCCAGUCGUCCUGCGCCCGCCGCCCUCUUCCGCUUUCUCCGGAAGAGCUCCGCCGCAUCGCCGCCGUCUGGUUUUUGCUUCUCCCAGCUCUCGCCGUUGACUUCUCUAAAUUCCCCCCAUACCCAUUGAUCUAGCCCUACCUUUCAAUUCCCCCCUUUUUGCUCCGAUUCAUCACUGGUCUUCUCGAUCACGAUGGCGUUAUUCGCUUUGUAGAGCUCUUCCUCAUCUCACAGCUCUACACAAACCCCACAAUUUUCAUUUACUUAUUCGUUAGUCUCUUACAAUUUGCAUUCAUGGCUCUUCGGUUUACCGUUACCUACUCGGCGUCUAUCGCCUCAAACCUCACCGGAUCAUCCGCCGCCUCCGGGAAAUGCGCCACCUCUCGAUUCCUCCACGAGUGCGCCACGCGAUCGCGGAUUUUCCAACACCCGCCGCCGCAGAAACCCGAUUCCAACUACUCCGAAUUCUGCCGCCGUGGUUCAAACCUUGACCGCGUCAACCCAACGCCGUCGAUGCAUUCCCUACUGGCCGGAGAAAUUCUCGGCGGGAGUAGCAAAUCGCCUGCGGUUCUGGGAUUAAUUUCUCUAGUCAAGCAGUCUAUUGGGGUUUCUCCUGCCGUGGCCGUUUUGGGAGUUUCUCCGACCAAGGCCUCGUCCAUCCUUCCCUUCUUCUCGGGUUCCAAGUGGCUACCCUCUAACGACUGCACGAACAUGGAGGUCGAUAGAGGAGGCACAGUUGCUGUUAGCAAAACCUACAUAAUCAACAAAGGAGAAUCCAAGAGUGACAGUGUUAAUGGUGGUGAAAGUAAGUGCUCCGAAGCAUUCGCUAUGGCCAAGAGUGGUGGCGCAAGCAGUGUGACGGUCUUUCCGCGGAGCAGGGGUGGUAAAAGCAGCAGCUGGCUGUUGAAAUUGAUGAACCGUUGCUUCACCUCUGAUGAUGCUAAGGCUGCUUUCACCGCUUUCAGCGUUGGCAUUAUGUUUAAGUCGACUUUGGCCGAGCCGAGGUCGAUUCCCUCCAUGUCUAUGUACCCGACACUUGAUGUGGGCGAUAGGAUUCUAGCUGAGAAGGUUUCUUACAUCUUCAGGAAGCCUGAGAUAUCGGACAUUGUGAUUUUCAAGGCUCCAUCAAAUCUGCAGGAAUUUGGCUUUAGUUCUUCCGAUGUGUUCAUCAAAAGAGUUGUAGCGAAAGCUGGUGACUGCGUAGAAGCUCGUGAUGGAAAAUUGAUGGUCAAUGACGAAGCUCAAGACGAGGAUUAUGUUUUGGAGCCACUUGACUAUGAAAUGGAACCAACGCUUGUACCAGAAGGGUAUGUGUUUGUGCUGGGAGACAACCGUAAUAACAGUUUUGACUCUCAUAACUGGGGCCCGCUGCCUAUCGAGAACAUUCUUGGUAGAUCAGUAUUCCGAUACUGGCCUCCUUCAAAGGUGUCCGACACACUGUACAACACAUCACAACAGAGAAGUGCUGCUGCUUUUUCAUCAAUUCUGGUUCACAACAGUAUUGCGAUGGUCACUCGAUAUUUUGCGUCAUUUUUGCUGAUUAUUGUUAAUUCCCUUUCGUUAAUACGCUCGUCAAUCAUUCCGCCGCCGCCCCCUUUCAACCUAUCCCACUUUAUCUAUCCCAGAGUCACCGCCCUCACCGAAUCGGACAUCACUCCUCAACCCCCGCAAUUUUUACAGGGUGUUCUGGAUGUAAUUGCCAAUAGAGAGAAAUGGACAGUGGAGUACAUUCGGGUUUCGGAAUUGGAUGUAAAGAAAGCUAAAUUCCGGUCAGUGCAACGAUAUGAGUUUCGUGUUCGUGCUGGGAAAGCCGAAAUUGUUCUUAAGAUGUCUGAGGAAGGGUCAGAGUGGAAGAAAUUGUUAGAAGUGAGGACAAAUGAGACAUCGGAUUUUGAGUCUGUGGCGAGGAAAAUUGGUUCCAAGGCUGUAAUUGAUAGUUUUAAAAUUGAAGGACCAUUUGAGCUGCGGGUCGCAAGAGAUGUUGAUCAACUCUCACUCAUGUUGCCGUUAAACACUUCGCACUCUGGCUUGCAUCGGAUAUCAGUUAGUGAAGGCAUCACCGUAGAAGUGAAAGGGGCAGAAGAAAUUACCAUAUAUCAUCCUUCCGAUAAUCAUCUCCCACGUGAUUUUUUCACUUAUGGAAAAUGGCCUGCUUUUUGCACAGCACUGCUACCUAUACAUAUUGUGGGUUCCGCAUCAGUGGUUGCCUACAAAAGUCGAAGACCUGACUCACUUAUUCAAACUGCCUUAACAUCCGAAGAUGCAAUUAAACUAUUGCCUGACAAGUGUCAUAUCCAGCCAAACUACAAGAAACCGAGGCAUCUUCUUAGUUCGUUGAGAAUUAGAAUUACCUUACUGGAAGAACUUUUAAGGAGUUUCCUAAGUGAUAGAGGAGGCAAUGCAAAUGUUGCUUUGGGGUCUCUAAAGACAAGAAUUAGAGCAGUCAACGUAUUUCGGUUUCAUUUGGGACUGGAAAGAGAUAUCAGAGCUAACGACACUUCAUGGACUACAUUGGCUGAGUGGAGAACUAAGCCUACUAUUGAACGUGUGUGGUUCGAAGUAGUGGCGAGAAUUGAAGGCGAGGUUUUGAAGCCCAUAACAGUCAAGAAAGUGGGCCCUUUGAUUGACACGGAUUCAUUUUCUUGGAACAGCAUUUUGUCGAAUCUUUCGUUCACAAAGCUUCCCUCUGUGCUAGUUCCUCCCGAGGCACUAACACUGGACGUGAAAUGGUAGGAAAACUUUGUCUUAUCUUUUUUGAAAAGCUCGACUAUCGUUAUUUGAAAUCGAGCAGCUUUUUCCUCUCCUCUGUUGUAUCAAGUUCUCCAUAUAGGUAUAUUGAUCUGCGCAACCUAUUGGAAAGUGGAAUUGUAAAUUAACAAUGAAUUACUUGGUUAAAUGUAAUUACAGAUUUCUCAUACAGAGAUACCUCUCCCUUCUCCCAUGGUUAUUAACAUGCAUGUAAAAUGUGUUAAUAGUUCUGUAUCUUAUGUACUCUUGGAGAAUUUUUUCAUC